UUUACAUCUAAGUCAGUAAUCACUCGUUCUCCUCUGUCACAGGUGAGAGAGAGGGUGUGAAGUGAGUCACUAAGCGUUGUGCCUCUCUUUUCUUCUUCCUUCGAAUCCCUGUUCUCUGCAUUGGCUCAUGAUGACCUCUCCUGAGACCCUUUCGUUCAUGGAGCUAGCCAUACAUCAGGCGAGGUUAGCUUUGGAUACUCUUGAAGUGCCUGUUGGAUGUGUAAUUGUUGAGGAUGGCAAGGUAAUAGCCACAGGCAGGAAUCGAACUACCGAGACACGAAAUGCUACAAGGCAUGCAGAAAUGGAAGCUAUAGACGUGCUUCUUGGGCAAUGGCAGAAAAGUGGACAUUCAAUGUCUGAAGUUGCUGAAAAAUUCUCAAACUGCAGUCUUUAUGUUACCUGUGAACCAUGCAUAAUGUGCGCAUCUGCUUUAUCAAUUUUAGGUAUAAAGGAAGUAUUUUAUGGCUGUUCAAAUGAUAAAUUUGGAGGCUGUGGAUCGAUACUGUCCUUGCAUUCAAGUAACACCACACCAGUCAAUAAUGAAGUUCCAUCAGGAAAGAAUUUCAAAUGUACUGGAGGUAUAAUGGCAUCAGAAGCUGUCCUUCUCUUUCGAACAUUCUAUGAGCAAGGAAAUCCCAAUGCUCCAAAGCCACAGAGGCCUUUAUCACGUCAAACAUGAAUUGUAAUCUGUAUAUCACAAGGUUGGUUUCCGUCAUUUCUGUGAACAAGACUUUUGGUUAUGUAAAGCUGAAAGUUAUUUGUUACUAAUCCAUUGGUUUGAAUUUCUAUUUUGUCUUCUAAUAUUUGUUACAGUUACUGAUAUAAUAUCUGUUAUGAACUGGAAAUCUGCUCUACAGUAGCAUAUUGAAGUAGCAUAUUGAACGGGUUUAAGUUAGUGUUAAAUGUCAUACAAGACCUUUCAAUUCGAAAGUCAACUUGAUAUAUGAUUUAAAACAAUUACUAGAACGACGAAUCACAUGUUGUCGUUCUAACUUAUUCUUACUGGAGGUUCAAACUAGUUGCAAAAUGGAAUUGAAGCUAUUCAUUUUUGUAAAAUAUUUUUUAGUUUCUGGAAGGUGCAGUGAGUUUCCUUUUCAUUGUAUACGUAAUUCGUAGUUAUGGUCUAAUUGAUAAAGGAGAUCGAAUAGCACAGUAAGAAUUACUUUUUAAACUUUCCUUUUGGGGAUGAGCUCAUGCAGCCUAUAAUAAUUUAUCUCUCUUACAAUUUAACAGUUCUACACAGUAAAUAUGUACUCCAUUAUUGUCUUGCUAUUGUUUUAAAGUGAGGGUUCUAUGAAUGUAAU